CCCUGAGGGAAGAAGACGAAGCACAUAGAGCUUCUGUAUUUUCUGUCUCUUCUCUCCCUUUGAUUGGAAAACAUUGGAAAUCGGUGGGAGUGUGUAUGUAAUUGGGUGCAAAUGAAAGGCUAUAGGGUUGCACCUCUCCAUGUGUUGGCUUGUUGAGUGUGAGUCUUGGAACAAAAAACACUUUAAGUAUAGCAUGAGCAGUAGAGGGUCGAGUGGACCUCCUCUAAGAGGAUAUGUAAGGAACACAAGGAGGAGGAAGAUGGCACUAGAUGUGGACCUCAAUGUACCACCUAGUGAGAACCUGGAUCAGGAGGGCACUUCGGCUCAAGCCAACUCUCAAGAUGUGCAAUUUGGCCAACAAGGACCAUCUGUACUGCCUGUACCAAUUGAUGUUGAGGCAUUUGAUGAUGAUGUUGUUAUAUCCUCCCAUACGGCUUUUGCAGAAGCUAAAAUAAAUUCUGGGAGAGGAAGAAAUCGUGGAAAUACUGUUGUAGUUGAUGUAGAUUCAGGUAAUUCUUGUUUUUGUGUACAGUCUGUGUGUGCUUUUGUGUGUUGGUUGUCAUAUAAUUCUCCCUCUCAUGAUGUUAUGAUGUGCAUAACCUAUAUCAUCAUGUUGUUGAUUUUCUUCAUGCUUUUUGGAGCUCAUAUUGAAGAAGCUUCAUUUUAUUUUGGAUAGGCUUUUUAACUCAUUGGAUGAAAUAAUGUGCAUUUUCAACCUUAGAUUGAUAUUGAAAAUUUUAAAUCUCAUGUCAGUUUUAAGCUGGCCACCCGAGUCUCUUAUUUCUUGGGUAGAUGACCUUUCUAGAUAAAGAGGCACCUACUUGAUCAAAUACUUCCAAUGAAAAAAAUUAAGUUUACAAACUGGGCAUCCCAUUAGGAUUGAUUCCCAGUUCAAAGGAAAAUGUAAAAAUGAUACGACUUUGGUCUUAUCUUGAAAGAAGGCAAUAUAAAUUUUGCUUUUGCUGUUCAUUCUACAACAUAUACUAAUAUUGAGCAUAAUGGACACAUGUUGCCAACUCUGACCUUGAUAAAACAGUUCAUUUUGGGGACCUUAUUGCUCUUUAAUGCAAAAAAAAAGUUGGUGGUUUUGUAAGGUAGAUGGUUAAUGAGCAUUUAGUGUGGACAUAUCUACAGAUUCCUAUAAUUUUGAACUCAUUGCACUGCCUUCUGUCUGAGUAGAGACUGCCAUCAUGGUGUCAUUUUUUGGGGAGACUAGGGCAUUAUUUGAUUUUGAGUUAGGGCUUGGUUGUGGAAAUUAUGUUUCAUGGACUUGGGCAUGAGUAUCAGGUGUAGCUGUGUGCAGACAUCAGACAGACCCAAACUAAGAAUAGUUUAAGGGCAUUUUAGAAGUUAAAUUUAGCCAAUGUGGAAUAAUGCUAAUUUUAUAACAAAUUUUAUAAAAGAAUACAUGUUUGAAGAAUUAGGAAGUAAUGGAAACAUGCAUAUGACAUCCAAUUUGUACCGGUGCACAUGAUGUAUAAAUUGUGAAUUAGUCUAAAAAACAUAUUUUUUUCUCUAUACUUAAAGCUUGAAAAAAGGCCGUCGAAAUGCUAAAUUAUCACACAACUACGGAUUUGUACAGGAACCAAUAGAAACACCU